AUGGAUUCAACCGAAGCUACUGUUACAUAUGAACGAAUUAUGGACUCUGCACCUUUCGAUGGGAUGUUGGUGGCUUUGGUGGCACUCGUGAGUUUAUAUUUGCUGUUGGUGGCUUUGGUGGCACUUGGACAACCUGUUAUUCUGCAGUCGUAUGAGCUAGAACACGAUUUACCCACUGAGAUCACUGAAGUUAAACAGCAAAAGCACAAGGUUAUUCAGAGUUUCAGAUGGUCUAUCACUCUUAUAUGCUUUAAGAAUUUUGAACUGCACUCAGCGAUGUAUGGAUUAAUGUCGAUGAGAAAAACAAGAAGAAAGUCUCAGAUGAGUCCUAGUCCUGUAGGGCCACCAAAUUCGACUGCUCAGCCUGCUGGACCUGGCCCUGCUAAAGGAUGGUACAUACCUAAACAACAGGCCCCUGAUGCACAACUGCAGUCCAACAUCAAUUACGUCUGCAGCCAAGGAGUUGAUUGCAAACCCAUUCAACCAAGUGGUGCUUGUUACAACCCGAACAAUGUUAGGGCUCACGCGACCUAUGCCAUAAACACAUUUUACCAGACAAAUGAGCAACUGAUUUUUUGCUCAUUUGUCAAGUGA